AUGUCCCUUUUCAGAUCCUUGCAAAACACACCCGCUACAAUCUCUAUCUUCCACAAUGCUCGUGUUCCCGCCCUGGCCAGCUUGUUUGCUCAUUUGGAGAAAGCUUACUAUCAAUUGAACGAUGAUAAGAACCUCUUUCAAUUGGACAUGAAUGCUAAGAAGAUGCCCACUUACGAUCAGUUUAAGACCAUCUACUCCAAUUGCGUAAGAGGAGACCGCUGUCAGACUGUCUUGAAGGAGUGCUUCCCCUUGCUUAAUGAUAAAUUCACACAGUCGGAGCACUCCUCAGUCACAGUGAAGAGCCUUGGUAUCAGAAAUGACAGGGGCUUCAAAAUUUUCUCUCAGAAUGAGUACACACACAUCCACGAGGCUUUCGAGAAGCUUAUCGAUGAGCAAAAUCCCGAGAUAGACCCCAAUGAGCUUUUCCAAGCUCCAUUGCUCAUUGACUGGGACCAGAACAUCAUUGCCAAUGACAUGGACGGGUUGAAAUUGAUUUUGAAAAAGUACAAGGAGGCAGCUAAGGAGAAGUGA